UCAAGUUUCCAAUAAAAAAAAAACAAACUAUUCUCUUUGGUCGGACCUGUCAAUCCGAAAUCAUGGCACCCCGGUUCGAAAUCGCAGUUGGCCUGCGGAAAGGCCACAAAACUACAAAGAUUUCCGCUGGACGGAAGGGUCUUACAGACAAGACUUUGAAAGUCAGACCCGCUAGAUUGAAGGGCCUGCAAACUAAACAUUCAAAGUUCGUACGCGACCUUGUCCGUGAAGUUGUCGGUCAUGCUCAGUACGAGAAGCGGGCUAUGGAGUUGUUAAAGGUGUCGAAGGACAAGCGCGCCCUCAAGUUCCUUAAGCGUCGUCUGGGAACGCACAUCCGUGCUAAAAGGAAACGUGAGGAGCUCAGCAACGUGCUCACCCAGAUGAGGAAGGCAGCCGCUCAGGCACACCACCACCAUUAAUUACAAUAAAUUCUAAUUAA